AUGUUUGGAAGAAAAAAGAACGCGUUUGCGACAUACUCGAAAAGUAAGCCAGUUCAAGUUGCUACGAAGGACCACUUCCCUACUCCAGAAACGCCGGAUGACUUGUGGAUACCUUCUUCAAAAGACAAGUCGAACUCAAAACAAGCAGCUUUUCCCCCAGUGAAAGCUAAAGGCAAGUGAAUAUAUUUUGAAUUCAAAGAAGGGAUUUUCCUUUGAGCCUUAAAUGUGCGAGAAAAUGUAUGGCUGUUUUUGUUUUAUGUCUUUUAAUUAGUUCAUGGCAAAGGCGCUGAUGAACUGUGUAGAAAUUAAUGACAUUAAUGAUCAUGACCCAGAGUCGUUAGACUUGACCUGGAUUCCAAAAAUAAUCAAGUAUAAAACGGGGCAGUACCGCUGCAGGAGGCGCUGCAGGACAAAUAAUAGUGCGAGUUCGUCAUAUAAGCUUAAAGCUAUUCAACAGGCAUGCAUCCCAUCAUCCUGACCAAAUCGUCAAUCAGUCAAAAUUUUUCCCUUUCUUGAGUAUUGGAUGGCGGUUCUUUACACUUUCAUUUCACAAAUCUUCCAUCAUACAGUUGCUAAAUCCUGUAUCCUGUUCAUAAUUAUGAUACCGGAUCUCGCACCCCAUCUGCCCUAAAAUCAAAAUGGGCGAUUCCAGAAAAUAUCUAUACCAUACCAUGGACAGCUUCCACAUUUUCAUCUCCCAUUACCUUCAGAACUCCCAAGAUGUGUUAUCCCCCAUUCCCUUGGAAUUCUAUAAUCUUUAACCCCCCUCCUGUUUGGAUUUUCCAUAUUUUCGUCAAACCCUUNUUAAUGAUCAUGACCCAGAGUCGUUAGACUUGACCUGGAUUCCAAAAAUAAUCAAGUAUAAAACGGGGCAGUACCGCUGCAGGAGGCGCUGCAGGACAAAUAAUAGUGCGAGUUCGUCAUAUAAGCUUAAAGCUAUUCAACAGGCAUGCAUCCCAUCAUCCUGACCAAAUCGUCAAUCAGUCAAAAUUUUUCCCUUUCUUGAGUAUUGGAUGGCGGUUCUUUACACUUUCAUUUCACAAAUCUUCCAUCAUACAGUUGCUAAAUCCUGUAUCCUGUUCAUAAUUAUGAUACCGGAUCUCGCACCCCAUCUGCCCUAAAAUCAAAAUGGGCGAUUCCAGAAAAUAUCUAUACCAUACCAUGGACAGCUUCCACAUUUUCAUCUCCCAUUACCUUCAGAACUCCCAAGAUGUGUUAUCCCCCAUUCCCUUGGAAUUCUAUAAUCUUUAACCCCCCUCCUGUUUGGAUUUUCCAUAUUUUCGUCAAACCCUUCAGACCUACUGGCAGGAUUCGAUGAUAUGUGUUGCCCAAUUUGGCUUAUUACGUCAAAAUAUUUCAAAUGACUCUACUUCUGUACUUCAGUCCAGGUGGCCAGCACAAAGGAAGUCAUACGUGCAUAUGAAUCAAGAAAUUCAGGAAUCAAAAAUCAAAAAAGAUUAAAGUUUUCUCCUUACCGCUGUUCAACAAAUGCAACCUACAUUAAUUUUACUUUGCUCCAGACUGGUACAUACAGCAUCAAUAAGAAUACCUUGUGUUGAAUGUGUGUAUCCUCAGAAGAUAUUAUUACGAUCAAGUGCAUUUUCAUUUGUCUCAUCAUGAUUUGUCCCUUUGGGUUUAGCAGUCACACCCAAUCCCAUGAGGUUCAAAAAUUAAAAUGGUGUUUUCCAUCAAAAGACCAUCUUUUUUGCACUAAAUGGACAAAAUAAUUUAUGAGGCUGUUUACAUGAGAGAAAAAUGGAUGUUUUGUACCAUUAAGGCCUCUGGAGCUUGAUCUACAACCCAUGUUUUGUUGGUUUUCCUCAACAAAUGACUAUGAAAACAUCACUGAUCAAUGGAUGCUUGUCUUGUAUCCUACUUCUGCAGUCAUCAGCGGUGUCAUCAGUUUGUGCUUUAUUUGUGAACUGAUUAAGUCCAUAAAAUUAGCAUUUUCAAGGAAUACAAUCUUGUCUCAGUGUCCCCUGUGAAAGUUCCAGAUUAAAAACCCUAAAAAAAAAACCCUAAAACCCCUAAAACCCCUCCAUGCCUUCUAAAUUCCAGUGGUACAUAUGUAAGUAUCCCCCCCGUGCCUUCGGAUUUCCAGUUCAAAGAGCUCCCCCACUUGCCCUCAGAAUUCCAAAAAGCCAUCCUUGAUAUGGUCUGGAUAUUUUGGGGGGUAGGGUUUCCUACUUAGGGUUUUGCUUGUUUGAAGAUUGCUAAGCAGUCAAUCAACAUCCUUGUGUUUUCAAUCCCGUAGAAUCAACUUCUGUUCCACUGAUUAGUUGGAAGAGAAUUGUGGCUUCUACUUUUUGUAAAAAAAAUAUGUUGACCAUUUUUAAUCAGAAUGAUGUUUUUGUUUGAACGUAAUAAGGAUUGAAAACAUGGAUGACUCCAUUUGCAGGGCGUGGUUCUAGCCUAGCUCUUAGGAACAUCAGCAACAUCCCACUGGAAAAGACAUNUUCCAUCAAAAGACCAUCUUUUUUGCACUAAAUGGACAAAAUAAUUUAUGAGGCUGUUUACAUGAGAGAAAAAUGGAUGUUUUGUACCAUUAAGGCCUCUGGAGCUUGAUCUACAACCCAUGUUUUGUUGGUUUUCCUCAACAAAUGACUAUGAAAACAUCACUGAUCAAUGGAUGCUUGUCUUGUAUCCUACUUCUGCAGUCAUCAGCGGUGUCAUCAGUUUGUGCUUUAUUUGUGAACUGAUUAAGUCCAUAAAAUUAGCAUUUUCAAGGAAUACAAUCUUGUCUCAGUGUCCCCUGUGAAAGUUCCAGAUUAAAAACCCUAAAAAAAAAACCCUAAAACCCCUAAAACCCCUCCAUGCCUUCUAAAUUCCAGUGGUACAUAUGUAAGUAUCCCCCCCGUGCCUUCGGAUUUCCAGUUCAAAGAGCUCCCCCACUUGCCCUCAGAAUUCCAAAAAGCCAUCCUUGAUAUGGUCUGGAUAUUUUGGGGGGUAGGGUUUCCUACUUAGGGUUUUGCUUGUUUGAAGAUUGCUAAGCAGUCAAUCAACAUCCUUGUGUUUUCAAUCCCGUAGAAUCAACUUCUGUUCCACUGAUUAGUUGGAAGAGAAUUGUGGCUUCUACUUUUUGUAAAAAAAAUAUGUUGACCAUUUUUAAUCAGAAUGAUGUUUUUGUUUGAACGUAAUAAGGAUUGAAAACAUGGAUGACUCCAUUUGCAGGGCGUGGUUCUAGCCUAGCUCUUAGGAACAUCAGCAACAUCCCACUGGAAAAGACAUUGAGCAGAACUCCAUGUAUGCCACGCCAAAACUCACACAAGACAAGUAAGAAGUGAUGUUGUCAUUGCAAGCUAAGGCAUCGACAUUUUUUACCUUUUUUAUAACAGAUGCUGAAUAAGUCCAGGCUAUCCACUCUAUCCCAUUUCUUCAGCCAGGGCAAACCCUUUCUAAGGUCUGAUAUUGAUAUAUUGAUAUAUAUUGAUAUUAAAAGACACGACAAUACUCUAGUUGUUUACCCUUAUAAUAACCAAAUCCUUCUAGCUCUGAUCCACAUAUACUGGUAAUUUGGUUUUGUCUCACUUCAGGGAGACAGUGACUUGUGUAUCAAAUUUGAAAGAAGUUGAAGUGAUCACCCAUUUGCAGAAGUUUUAUUGUGCCAAAUAGAUUUGUUACUGUUUCAUAUUUCAGAUAGAAAGUUGGUGUCAAGUAGUGCUUUGCUAGCGAAAGUUAGCUCCAAUGAUGAUAAAGACUGCAAAACAUACAGAAAAGAAUUACAGAGGUAUAGAUCUAGCUUUUUGGCAAUGGUACUAAGGUGUGCUUUUACACUGAGGUGCAAACUUUACAACAUAAUUCUAUAGUCUUUUUGCACCCAAGUGUAUAAAUGGGUUGCUAGGUAACCCUUCAGCACACAAGCAUCCCAUUCAUUUGUGUAAGAAGUUAUUAUUAUCUAGCUACCAAGGUGUGCUCCAUUUGUCUGGGUGCUUUGUGCGUUAUUUUUUGCCUUUACCUUUUGCAACUGAAUACUUGUUGUUUUUUUUGGUUAAUAACUUGACAAGUGAAAAUUAAAUUUAACAUACCAGCCUGAUGGGAACUGUAAGUAAUAAUGUCUACUGCCCCUUUGUGUGAAACUCAGUGAUGACAGACUAGUAGCAAUGGGGUGGUAAUGAAAUGAUCAUGAUUUUUGCUUUUUGUCUGUUACAUCUUUUAUAGGGCUAAACUUCAUUCCAAGAAGGCACCACUUAUGAAAUCAAAACAUCUCACCUCAACAACUACUUAUUCAUUCAAAUCAAUGUCUUGUUGUUCCGUGUGUGGAAGUGUAGUGUGCAAUAAUGAACAUUCUUUGUCCACUGUCAAAUCCAUGUCGCUAUGCAAGUCCUGCCUUGAUGAUGUCAAUUCAGAUGACUUCUCUGUUGGUGAUGUCCCAACUAGUGCCUCGCAAGUUUUACAGCCACACAAUUCAACACUUGUGGAGGAGGACUUAACAAUUCAGCUGAGAGACAUAAUCCCUCAGGAUUUAUCAGCAAUAAUGGGUGAGUAGAAUUUCCAUUACCAUGUUUCAGUUCUGCAGCAAAUUAAAGCUCAAGGAGCAAAGGAAAAAUUUUAUACUCUACUACAGCGAUAACAAGCCUUUGUACACGUAGUAGUAAUGAAUAAUAUUCUGCAUUGAAGGAACCUCUCAUGUGCAACUUUGGGGUAAAAAAUAAUUCUAUUUUGAUAUGACUGUUUUCUUAGAGGAGCCAGUAGAUGAAAAAGAACAGGCUGAAGCAGCCCAAAAGAAAACAGAGGAUGCACUGGGCUCAUAUGAUCUGUUUGACAAAGAGGUGAACUUAAAGUAUAUUUUUGCAAAGAACCUUUUUUGAUCCACAACACCCCUUAAAAGGAAGCCUGGCCCCAUUUGUUUAAAAGGUGGAUAACUCUAUCUGUGGGAUAAACCUCUAUCCACUGGAUAGUGCAUUUCCUAAUACUUAUCUGCUGGAUAGUGAUUUAUCUGGCCCCGGUUGUUCAAACGGUGGAUAGCGCUAUCCAACGUUUGAACAACCGGGGCCAGGUGGAUAGCACUAUCCAUCUUUUGAACAGCCAGGACCUGGCUCCAGUUGUUCAAACGUUGGAUAACGCUAUCCACCGGAUAAAUCACUAUCCAGCGGAUAGCGUAAUUGGUUUCCCUAAUACUUAUCUGCUGGAUAGUGAUUUAUCUGGUGGAUAGCACUAUCCAUCUUUUGAACAGCCAGGACCUGGUGUGUCUUUUUAUCCAUGAUUAGGGCUUUUAUGCUGAAUAAAUACAUAGCUAAAUAAAUUGAGCGUUCUAGUAUACUUUUCUUUGUCACCAAAAGUUGUACCAGAGUAAACAAGCACAAAACAAGGUUAACUUUUGUUAUUACAUUUACUUCUCUAGCACUUCUGUCAGUAUCCACUCUUGCUUCCCACUUUGCUAACUAAAAUAAAUGUUCCGUUUUAAAAUGAUCCCAGGGUUGAUUUAAUAAAACUUUUACAAGUGUAGUCAUUGUUUUAGGGUCCGAGAACAAUAGCCAUUCUUGUAAUUACACUUGCAAAAGUUUUAUUAAAUUGACUCCUGAAUCUUGACAAAACAACAGUGCAAAUGUUAUAAUAAUAAUAAUAAUCUUUAUUGAGAUGACUUUUUCAUAUAAAAUAUGGUUUUCAAAAAGGAUCUCAUAAAAUUUAAAAAAAAUACAAAAUACAAAAUACACACAAUUCGCAAAGACAUUAAAAAUCUAAAAUAUGUAAAAACUAUUAAAAUUUACAAGAUAUUAACUGAAAUUCAUUUAAAUUACAAAUUUAAAAAGAUUACGUUUAAAAAUAUUCAGAUUGCCUGGCUAAGCGAGUUAAAAUCCUUGAUGGCAUGAAAUGCAGUCCGUUGUUUGCCCCAAUUCCUCUUGACACUUGGAAGUCUGAGAUUCAGCUUAGUUCUGGUAUUAUAAUCAUGUUGUUCUUGCUGUCUUAUGAAGUUCAUAUCAUGCUCAACGAGUCCAUUUAAACACUUAUACACAUAAAUACAUCUUCUCUGAAAACGCCUUUUUCCUAAUGGAACCCACUUAAGAGUGGCAAGCGCUUGCGUUGCAGAUGAAUAAAGAGGUCUGUCUAAAAUUAUUUUAGCAGCCUUAUUCUGCAAGACUUGCAAACUGGUCAUUAAGGUUACAUUAUGCUUGUCUCCCCAAACAAGGUCUGCAUAAUCAAAUAAAGGCAUGACAAGACUAUUAUAAAAAAGAAGGCGCGCACUAAAAGGUAAUAAAUGCUUAAUGCGAUUAAGGAGACCAAGCCUUUGAUUAAUUUUGCCAGCAAUGUAUUCAACAUGAUUUGUCCAUGUAAAAUCAGAUAAUAUAAAAAUUCCAAGGUAUUUGAAGCUGUUGACAUUAUUUACAUUGUGGUCGAAGAUUGAUACUAUUAGAGCCAUUUUGCUUUUCAAUUUCCUAUUACUACCUACAAGCAUAGAUUUGGUUUUCUCGAGAUUCAAAGUUAGCUUGUGAUCGUUUAGCCAUUUCGCUACGGCCAACAAGACACGAUUUAGCUUCUCACUGAGCUCCUCGGAAGAUGAGCCGUGACAGUAAAUCACGGUGUCGUCUGCAUAGAGGGACGCACAGCAGCAUUCCAGAAUGCUUGGCAGAUCAUUGAUAUAAAUAACAAACAACAAGGGGCCUAAUAUGUUACCCUGAGGCACCCCGUGAGUUACUGGCAACUCGUUAGACAUCUCAUUCCCACAAGAUGUACGCUGUUUUCGGUCAGUGAUAUAGGAACAAAACCAUUGAAGCGAAUUUCCAGACAAACCAUACGCCGAUAGCUUAGACAAUAAGAUCUGAUGAUCCACCGUGUCAAAAGCUGUUGUUAUAUUGUCUAAUAUUAUCUUUUCUCAAUGAUACUAUGACUCUCAAAUGAUUAGUGGCCACUAUUAGUAAUUACUGACACCAAAGUCAAAAAAUUAGAUUGUUCUUGAGAACCUGACUAACCCUAUAUUAAUUACAUUCAUUUACAGUUUAUUUUAAUAAUUAUUAUUAAAUAUUACUUUUCAGGAAAUUGCAGAUGCCCCAGAUCUUCCUAGGUGUAGCACUCCAGUGGAUUCAGGAAAAAUACAAGGACUCAAUCUGGUGAAUUAGUUUGCUGUAGUGAUAAAUGGCACAUUUACUUCUUCCCUUUAAAUGAUUUAACUGAAUGUCACAAAGGAAAAAGAUCAUAAGAAAUGAGGUUUUUAGUCAGUGACACAGAUGACCUGAAGAAAAUAAAAAUAUACAGUGUUCUGCCAGGAGGAGUUGAAUCUAUAACCUUCUUUGUGGUUACUAGUCCAAGUCAGGUGCUCUGUUACCUCAGUUAACCCUUUAAGUCCCAAUAUCCACAUACAAAUUCUCCAAACUGGUCUUCAUACAUUUCCUUAGAGAAUGAGUUAAGAGAAUUUGGUAAAAGAUCAAGGUAUUUUCUCUUUGGUGAUCAUUUUAUUAAUUCUCAUAACCUAAUCUCUUAACAAUGUAUGAUAGCGUUAGGAGAAUAUUGGUGUUGGACACCACUGGGACUUAAAGGGUUAAGGAGACUUGAAGGAACUAUACCGUAAGGCCUUUUACUACAGUGAAUAAUCUGACAAACACCUUGCAUACUGCUGAGACUGGACUGUUGAUAGGUGGUACAUGUAUAUAAGCCUGCCUGGCUACCCUGAAGGGAGAUAGAAGGGUCCCGGCUCACAUGGUGGUGUUCAGUUGAAUCUCUUGUUAAACAUAAAACGACUACUAAUAUCAUUGAUUUAUUCAAUUUACAGCCUGACACCUCUCCAAUAACAGUCAAUAAUGAGAAGACUUCUGAUCCUGUGAAGUCAAAAUCUAAAAGCAUAAAUCAGGUAAUUUUUCAAAGAGCAACACGCUUUUAACCUGAAGCGGAGGAGUUUUUAUAAUCACUUGUAAAAAUGUUUAGACCACAAAAGUGGCCUUAAAUAUCAAUACCUCUUUUUGGCAGCCACUACCUUCUGAUGUUGCAAUGUUAUGUGGGGUAGGCAAUCUGCAGUGCAAAACUAGGAAAUAACCCUAGGCAACAUUUUUGUUUUGAAAAACCUAUCAAGUAAGGACAUCUGAAAUUCUAGGACUUUAAACACCCAUGGAGAAAGAUGAAAAAGUUAUUCAGAGCAGAAACAAGAAGAACUGAGAAUUGAAAUACUACGAUGGGAUUAAAAGAGUAUCUUAUGACAACUAUGGGAAGUAAGACAUUUUUUAUUUCUGGUCAUUUCUCAGGAACCAGAAUCCAGUAAAGAAGAUUUGCCCAAUGUUACUCCAGAGACAGUCUCCAAACAGGUGGGAUAUGAUCUUGUUUUCCACUUUACUGUACAUAAAGUUAUAAGUCUAAAGUGAAUUUUGACUCUUUUUGUCAAGUGUUUUGUUUGUUUGUAAUAUGCUGUUAAAAAUAUUAAAUAUCCUAUUAUUAUUAUUAUUAUUAUUAUUAUUAUUAUUAUUAUUAUUAUUAUUAAAAGCAGUAUUUAAUUUAUUGGUUUAGUCCCAAAGGACAUUAAUUUUAGUCCUUCGUGUUGUUUAAGCACAUUUAUCUAGUUCUUCAAAGUAAGGCUUUUUCUGUUGUACCAUUAUUUUGGUUUUAUCUUUUUUGUUACAAAGGACUGUAUCACCAUGAAGAAGCUUAAACAAAAGAGAAAGUUGGCAUACAGCAAGGACUUGGAUGAAUUACCAGACUGUACCCUGCUCCAUGCAAACACCAACAGAAAGCGACCAAUUAAGUUGCUUUUUAAGUGCGAUAAAAGCACUUGUUCUUAUAGCAGUCCUUUGACAAAUGUACCAAUUGAUACUCUCAUCCAGAGUCCAGUUAAUAAAAUAAAAAUAAGAAUAGAGCAAUAA